UGCUUUGAUCUAGAUAACCGUUUUUUCUCCCCCAGUUUUCUUCUGUUUUUCUCUCUGUCCACCAGGAUGCCACGCAAGGGACGACGCUCUGAGGCCGCCAAGAAGAGAUGGAGGACCCUGGACCAGGAGGACCUGCAGAGCAGCCAGCCGGACGUCGCCAAGCCCAGGACAUCCCCACCCACCGCGCAGGCUUGGACCCCCACCCAGUCUCCGGAGAAGAAGAUGUCCCGAGUGCUGGAGUCCCCGGGCCAGGUGGUUUGCCAGGAGGAGCCCCGUAGGCCAUUGACCUCUCUUGUGUCACGCCGUGGGACGGGGCGUCGCCAUCGCAUUGUGAAGUGGCCGUUUUCCCCUGUGACUUACCGUAGUCACAAGUUGGUCCUGCCAACCGAGGUCCCGGAGAAGAGGUUUGUUCUUUUGGUUGGUGACUCCCAUCUGCGUGCUUACGUUGAUGAGUUUGUCUCCAUGCCAGAGGGCAACCUCUCCUUUGGGUUUCUUGCAACCCCCGGGGCCUCGGCGGACGAGUUGAGGCGUGAGGUGCUGGGAGCAGUUCUGCCUCGGACCCCCGAGGUAGUCUGUUUUCUGGCAUCCGGCAACAACUUGGAAGCCAGAAGGACCGUGCAGCAGUCGGGCGCGGACUUCGAGGGGCUGCUGCUCGCCGUCGGCAACCUCUGCCCUAACGUGGUUGUUGUGGACUUUCCUCCACGUCUCACCGUGGAGGAAGACCACCAACAGCUGCUCCGGCAGGAGUACCACCGUGUGGCUGCUCGGAGAAAUGUUCGCUACCUCUCGGUAGUUGAACAUUUCCUGCGGAGCAGCUUGGACAUGUGGAGCAGGGAUAGCGUUCACCUGAGCGACCAUCCUGGGAUGGAGGUCCUUGCUCAGUUGCUGUGGGAUGCGUCCUACACGCAACUCGAGUUAAGUGCACCGACAUCUCCAGCUCCACCUCCUGCUCCUGUGACGCCUCCUUCCCCCGUGGUGAGACGUUCCCCCAGGUUGGUUGUGGUCGGCAAGGUUCCAGCUCCGCGUCCUUCGGACCCUUUCGCUUGGACUGUUGUCCGUGGUGGCCAGAGGACGUCGCGCCAGGUCCAGAGGGGUGAUGGCUCUCCGCACAUCACUGGGAGGAUGGUUGACCAACAGGGAGACCUGCUGGACUCGACCAUUCCCCCGAAUCCUGUGUGGUUCAGCCCAACGGUGCUGGAGGAGAUGAACCGGAUCGUUCCUGCGUCUGGCCGUGACGCUCCGUUACCGACACGUGUUCCGAAGGGGAAGAAGAAGGCCAGUGUGAGACAUCGUCCACGACCCGAUCCCUCCAAGCCGAGACCGGAGGAGCUGCAGGUGGAGGGAGCUCCGACUGAGAGGACCAGGCCAGCCCGUCGCCAGCCCAGGAGAGCCGCCCCCACGUUGGAGGUUGACGCCCCCGCCGAGUCCUCUCCCGUGCCUCUGGAGGACCAUGUCAGGGAUGACAGCUGCCAGGCUUCUUCGUUGGAACCCUGUGCCAGCGGUCCGCCUGUCCAGACUGUGAGGGCCACACAUUGCCAGGCUGACUACAGAUACGGUACAUUUUCCCGUAAUCACCAGUGCACCUGUAUGGCUCUGACAUUUUUAGCGUACCACAGUGAGGGGUUGCAGUUUGACACAGUCUUACUUGACAGACUACUUGAGCAAGGAGAUGCACUUUAUGUUGGCAUUAAACAGCAGCUCAUGUUGGACGGUAGAUUUGUUAAUAAUCACUUGACAGUUGAAGAGAUGCCCCAACAAGUACUGACAGGCGGGAACAUCUACUCUGUACACACAACGGGUGUCAGAGUUGGUCAUGUUUUGUGUCAGAAUGAUAGCCCUCAACGGUCACGGCGAAUGGGAUUGCCUCUUGCUUCACAACUAGAGUGUCUGUCUGAAAAUGUCACCCAUGCUUUUCUUUUGGUGACUCCAGAGUGCAUUGCGGUUUACCGGGACAGAGAUGGUAGGUUUGGAGUUUUUGAUUCUCACUCAAGAAACUCAGCAGGCCUCCCCCAUCCUAACGGAACUGCAGUGGUCAUGACCUUUAGCAACCUAAUGCUCAUGGUUGAACAUCUGUACAAACUCUUUCAGAACCGUGGCCCCUAUGCCACGUAUGAGUUUGUACCCGUAUCGUUUGUCAGUGACGACAUUGGUGAUGCCCCUCCUCCGGCCUUGAGCAAUCUGAAUAUUUCACCUGGAUCUACACAAGCAAGCCCAGGUGUUGAGAAACCAGAGAGCACUUCUGAUGAAGAGGAAAUGCCAGCUUGGCUUGCUGAAGUUGGCAACAUAUUAGAGGAAACCGUCCUAACAGUGCCAGAUGUGUCCAAAUUGCCAAAAGCCAGGAGAAUAAAAGUAAGAGACAGGAUCAAAGCACAGCUGGGACAGGAUGUAGUUAAAAAAAUGAAACAAAGAACAUCUGAGAAAGAAAAAUAUGAUACAUCGCCUACAUAUAAGGUAAAAAAACUACGGGCAAUGAAACAAGCAUAUCUUCUUCAACAUGCAGAGAGGAAGAUCCAGUUAACUGCUAGAUACAAGCGCGAUGUUGGUUUCCGGAGGAGACUAAUGGAAUAUGUGAAGGAAAAAUACAGCAACGAUCCCAACUACAAAGCCAGACAGAAAGCAUUUAUGAAGAACUAUAUAAAGGAAAGAUACAGCAACGAUCCCAACUUCACAGCCAGACAGAAAACAUUUAUGAAGAACUAUAUAAAGGAAAGGUACAGCAACGAUCCCAACUUCACAGCCAGACAGAAAACAUUUAUGAGGACGUAUAUGAAGAAAAAGUACAGCAAGUUACAGUUCCGGGUGCAACAUAAUAAAAAAUGUGCUGUCAACAGGAGACUAAGGCUAUCAAAGAAGACACUUUCUCAAAAUACAAUGCUGCAGUGUGCAAUGAGAAUCAGGCGAAAAUACAGAAGGACUUUAGGCUUUCUCCAAGGAACUCCACAGCCUCUGAUCAGCAACGAAAUGAAAGCUGCAAUUCUGAAAUUUCAAGAGAAAAUUCAACUUGGACCCACACAUGUCUGCACGGUUUGUCACAGAGCUCUUUUCCCGAGUCAAGUCAAGCAUUGUAACAGAGCCAAAUAUACCAAGAACAUUCGUGUGGAGGCCGAAUGCCUGACAGGUACGUAUGUUCACAUGUGUGACUCUGCAUGCUCCGCCCCGUGUUCUGUACCCAAAGAGAGGACUCAGGAGUGGAUCUGCUACACAUGUGACAGCUACGUAACCAGAGGAAAGAUGCCAUCAAUCGCUGCUGCCAAUCACCUGGACCUGGCACCGAUUCCCACAGAGCUUUCCCUAUUGAAUGUACUUGAGAGGCAAUUGAUUGCAAAAAUACUGCCUUUUGCCAAGAUUGUUUCAUUGCCCAAAGGACAGCAGAGAGCAAUUCAUGGAGCUGUUGUUUGUGUACCUUCGGAAAUGGAAACAAUCGUGAACUGUCUUCCCAGGCCCAGCACAGAAGCACAGCUUUUACAGGUUAAGCUGAAGAGGAAAAUUAAAUACAAAGGAUACCAAUACUUUUACACAGUAAACAUGGAAAAUGUUUUGGCUGCACUCAGAAAGCUUAAAGAGACCCACCCGGAUUACAAGGAUGUAAAUAUAAAUGAAAGUGCAACAUUUGAGGAUUUCCAGGACGACCAACCUGUUGAGGAAUCAGAAACCCAAGCAGAGGAUGCAGUCACAGACCAACCUGACCACAUAGGGGAAGAACAUCAGGCUCUUCGACCGGGUCUGAUCUUGGACACUUGUAUGCAGCCACCUGACAUAGCACAGGAAGUGCUCUCCUAUGGAGAUGGAAUUUUUAGUGUCGCUCCCGCCCAAGGAAACAAACCCGUUGGCUUCUUUACUGUUCCAAGGCUGGAAGCCAAGGCUUUUCCUGUGCAAUUCCCCACUGGCCAAAACACGUUAGACGAAACCAGACGAGUUAUACUGUCACCAAGUAUGUAUUUCAAUGUCAGGCUUUUCUCUGUAGACACUCGAUUUGCCAAAGACCAGAGUUAUCUUUUCUUUGCUCAGUUUGUUACUGAGACUCAUAUGGCCAACAACAGCAUGUCAAUUCAGUCAAGAAAAGGCAAAGCCAGGAGCAAGGAAGGACAAAACAUUUCCAGCAAGAUGCUACAAGACAAAGAAGAGUUAGAAAAACUAAUCCAAAAUAAAGAUGCCACUCGUUUUAUGCAACCCCUAAGAGGAACUCCAGCUUAUUGGGAGAAAGGUUUGCGCGAUUUGCACGCCAUGGUGAGGCAGCUGGGAAAGCCAACCUUCUUUUGUACCUUCUCUGCUGCUGAAAUGAGAUGGCCGGAAGUCAUUGAGGCCAUCAAAGCUCAACACGGAGAGCAGGUCAACUUCUCAGAGCUCGACUGGAACACCAAGUGUGACAUUCUUAGGAGCAACCCUGUUACUGUGAUGAGAAUGUUCUCCAAGAGGGUGGAUGCUCUCUUCACAGAUCUCAUUUUGUCCCCUGCGCAGCCCAUCGGACCAGUUGAGGAUUACUUUUAUCGUGUGGAAUUUCAAGCAAGGGGUUCCCCGCAUAUACAUUCUGUGAUAUGGAUUAAGGAUGCACCUGAGAUGGAGGACCCCUCAUGUUGUGACCAAGUCAUCAAUUUCAUCGACCGUUACAUAUCCUGUCAGUUGCCCGAUGAAACCACAGACCCUGAGCUCCACAAAAUUGUAACGGAGGUUCAAAUGCACAGCAAAAAGCAUUCCAAAUCAUGCAAGAAAGGAAAUGUGCAAUGCAGAUUUGGAUUUCCCAAACUACCCAUGGACCGCACCAGAAUCACAGUCCCUCUCUUAUUCGACUUUGAAAAUGAUUGUGAUGAAAAAGCUAAGCAAUCCAGACAAAAGGAUGUCCAGAAGAAGUCCAGAAAAUCGAAGCCAAUAAUCAUCUCAAACCAACAAAGAGAAGCAAAGAGGAAGCUGAAAUCAAUAAGGGAUUUGCUCAUGGAUCAAAAAUCUUCUUUCAAGGAUUUGUCAGAAUUACUCCAGGCUUGUAAGAUGACCAAAGAAGAAUACAACCACUAUGUGGAUGCUCUGACUUCUGGAAUGGUAGUGAUGAUGAAGCGUGAUCCCAAAGACAGCUGGGUGAAUGGAUACAACCCGGAUCUCCUGCGUGCUUGGAAUGCUAACAUGGACAUUCAGUAUGUGAUCGAUGAGUACAGCUGUAUUGAGUACAUGAUGUCCUACAUAGCCAAGCCAGAGCAUGAAAUGGCGCAGUUCCUCAAAUCCAUUGUCGAGGAUCUAAAGAAGUCCGAUAUCAACCAACGGGACGAGAUGAAAAAGAUCAUGCAGGCCUAUUCAAAACAGAGAGAAGUUAGCGCACAAGAGUCAGUAGCCCGUACAUGUAGUCUACCCCUUAAAAAGUCAUCACGCAGUGUCAUUUUUAUCCAAACUGAUGAAGACUGUGUGAAAAUGAGCCUUCCCAUGAGCAAACUGAUGAACAUGGCCCCAGAUGAAGAGAAUGUUUGGAUGACAGGAUUGCCUGAAAAAUAUCUCAACAGACCUGAAACGUUAGAAUUUCAACACAUGUGCCUGGCGGAAUUUGUGUCGGAAUACAGGGUCCUUUAUGGAAAACAAAUUGAAGGACCAAAUGCAAUCCCCCUCCUAAAUGAUGCCGGAUACAUCCAGAAGAGAACAAUGGGCAAACCAGCAGUUAUCAGAUUUACCCGUUUCUCAGAGAAGAAAACACCAGAAAAGUUUUACAGACGGCUUCUGAAGUUGUACUUUCCACACAGAAGAGAUGAGGACCUGAAAAAUGAGGAACACACAACUUACAAAGCCUUUUACGACAAUGGACUUUGUGGUAGCUGGCAAGUUAAACAGUACGUUGAGUGGAACCGCAAAAGAUACGAAGGUGAAGGAAAGAAAAUCGACAAGAUUAUGGAAGAACUGACAAAGCAAGGACCGGUUCGCAAUGCUUGGAACACUUUUGCUCCUGAAGUUGAGUUGGACCGUUUGGAAUGCGUAGCGGAGCGACCCUCAAUCAAUGAAAAUGAAGAACAAGACCCUGUCCCAGAAUACCAAGUUGAUGUCAACAGUGGAGCCAUGCCAGCAAUCGAAAUACCCAAAUUGAGCCCUGAUUUUAUUAGACAAAUGUACCGUAGUUUAAAUGAGACUCAAGCGUCCAUGUUUUACGCCAUUCGCCAUUGGUGUCUGCAACGUGUCUGGGGUCAAAAUCCAGACCCGUUCUUUUAUUUUUUGACUGGAGGGGCGGGCUGUGGCAAGUCUCAUGUUAUCAAAUGUGUUUACCAGGAAGCAACCAAGCUCUUGCGCCAGCUUCCCAGAUUUCGCGAUAUUGGUGACAUGUCUCAGCCCACGGUACUCCUCACAGCUUUUACUGGAACUGCAGCUUACAACAUCUCAGGCAAGACUUUACAUUCAGUUUUGAAGCUACCCAAAAGCUUAAAGCCACCAUACAAAGGACUUGGAAAUACACUGGAUGAAGUGAGAGCCGUUCUUUCCAAUGUAGAAAUCUUAAUCAUUGAUGAAAUCUCCAUGAUCUCCAAAGACUUGUUUUCAUAUGUCCACUGGAGAUUUCAACAAAUCAAGGGAAACACAAGACCAUUUGGAGGGAUUUCUGUUUUGGCUGUGGGAGAUUUCUACCAGCUGCCACCAGUGGGAGGAGCAAAACCUCUUUGUGUCACUGAGGCCGGCGUCCUUGAUAUCCGGAACGAAAAUUUCCACAUGGUCAGUCUGACGGAAAUCAUGCGACAGAAAGACGACAGAGCAUUUGCGGAGCUCCUGAACCGGAUUAGAGUUAAAGGGAAAGCAGAUUUACUCAGCGACGACGACAGAUCUCUCUUAACGCAAACUAUUACCGACCCCAAAGAAUGUCCAAUGGACGUGCUGCAUGUUUUUGCGACAAACAAAGAGGUGGACGCUCACAAUGCAGCAGUUGUGGCUUCUUUAUCAACAGUAAUAGUUGAUGUUCAGGCAGAGGACUACAAGAGGGAUACAAAAACAGGAAACAUGACAAAUCUAGGUAGCUGCGUCAAAGCCAAGAAACGAGAUUUGCCUGACAAUCUACAGGUCGGAUUGGGAAUCAGAGUCAUGAUCAUAAGAAACCUGAACGUAGAGGAUGGUCUUGUCAAUGGAACCUUUGGCACUAUUGCAGAUAUCAUCACCAGGACUAAAGAUGGAAACAGAACCGUGACGUUAAUAGGACUGAAACUGGAUAGCCCCACAGCUGGCCACACCAAAAAAAUCAAAGGGAAACCAGACAACUUUGUUUACAUCGAGAGAUUUGAGGAACAAACAAGCAUAAAAGGAGUUGUUCGACAUCCGUUUCCAAUCAAGUUGGCGUUUGGAUGUACAGCACACAAAGUACAAGGGAUGACCAUGAAGUCUGCAGUUGUUUCUUUGAAGAGAGUUUUUGAACACGGAAUGGCAUACGUCGCCCUCAGUCGCACAACUUCUCUGGAAGGACUUAAAAUCAUUGAUUUGGAUGAGAAUAAGAUCUACGCCGAUGAAAAUAUCAGAGCAGCUAUGGAUUCGAUGAGAACAGCAUCGUUCUCAAACGCCAGACCGCUCUUGAAUUUUCAAUCACGUCAUCAAAGUGCAACUUUAACAAUUAUUCAUCACAACGUCGAAGGUCUCAUCUCUCAUUCUGAGGACAUGAAACACCAUCAUGAACUCAGAUUGGCAGAUAUUUUAUGCCUUACCGAGACUCAUUUAUUUGGAUCUUCUGCUCCAGCUUGUUGCCAAAUGGAGGGUUAUUGUUUCUUUUCACGUAACAGACAUGUUUCUUAUUCCAACCGAGUGGACAUGUCUACCAAAGAGGGGGGAGGAGUCGCCACUUACUGCAGGAGUCUUCUACAACCCCAGGAGCGGAGAUACUUUCACAAUGUUACCGAUCUUGAAUACAACGUUGUGAAAGUGGAUGCUCCGGUCACAGCCCUCAUUGCCACGGUUUACAGGCCACCAAGUUAUGAUCUAGCUACGUUUUUGACAAACAUGGAAAAUCUUUUGGAUGGCCUGAAUUCAAUGGAUAUUCAGCCAGUUGUGGUAUUGGGAGACUUCAACGAGGACCUCCUCUCUCCGGGGAAAAAAGCAAUCAAGGAGUUGUUUGGAAGCAAAGGAUUUACUCAACUCAUCUCGGAUCCAACAACGGAAAGGCAGACUCUCAUUGACCACAUUUACAUUUCUCAACCAGAAUAUUGUGUUCAGUCAGGUGUGUUGCAGACUUAUUACAGUUACCACAACCCUGUAUAUUGUAUUUUGGCUUCAUUUUCAGCUGCAUCUUCACCAUGACUUGAGAGGAGGGCUCGGAAACAAAUUACACUAGGACAAUAGUCCUGUCAUUUUUAAUGGUACUCCAUCUUAGGUAAAAACACCAAAGUGAGAACAAAUAAUCAGAAUCAAAUGUCCUCAAUGAUUCGCUUGGAUACUGGAAAUCCAGUUGAUGUAUUUAAAGGGUAAUAAGAAUAACGGUGUCGGCUGACGGCCUGUACAGGUCCAGUAACGGCUGUAAGCUUAUUGCUCAUGAAUACUUCAACUUGAGAUGACCACAGUACUC